CUAGGUGUAGCUCUAAGAUGAAGCUUCCACCUGGGCAAGGCAUAAGGCUGGCAUACCUUCUCCUGAAUUUGGCUUCCCUCUGUCUUCCCACCCCACUCUGGAAGGACCGGGACUCCCUAAUGCAGGAGGAGAAAGCUGAUCAGAUGGGUGGCAAUUUGGUGUUGAGUAGAGAGGAACAGCAGCUCAGUACAAAGCUUGUCAACCUCAAGAAGAAGGAGAUUGCAACAGCCAUAACUACAGGACAGUUUCCUCCGAGCAUGCACUUCUUUCAGGCAAAAGGACUCAUUGAUCAGAGCACGGUGUUCAGCAUCUUAAAGCGCAUGCCAAAAGGUGCUGUCUUACACCUGCACGACUAUGCCAUCCUGAGCGUGGACUGGCUGGUGUACAAUGCCACCUACCUCCCCGACUGCUACAUCUGCUUCACCCACAUGGGCACCGUUCGGUUUCGCUUUUCCAAGCCUCACCUUCUUCACCCAGUGCCAGCCCAGUGCUCCCAGUGGGUUUUGCUGGAGACUUACCGGAAACAGCUGCACAAUGUGUCCGAGUUCGAUAGCAGCUUGCUGAGAAACUUGACCCUCGUGACGGAUGCCCCUGAGCUGGCCUACCCUUCUCAGGCUUUCAUUUGGAAAAGAUUUGAAGAAGUCUUUCUCAUUGCCUCUGGACUUAUCUGCUAUGCACCUGUGUUCAAGGCCUAUUUCUACCAGGGGCUGCUGGAGCUCUAUGAAGAUAACGUACAGUAUGUUGAGAUAAGAGCUCUCCUGCCUCCGGUGUAUGAACUGGAUGGUACCCGGCAUAAUAAAUCAUGGUCCGUGGCAACCUAUCGAGAAGUGACCAGGCAGUUUGUGAAGGAGCACCCUGACUUUCUUGGAGCCAAGAUUAUAUUUACAGCACACAGGAUGCUGAAUGUUUCGCAGAUUAAAGAAGCCAUCGUCACUGCCAUGGCACUCAGAGCGCGCUUCCCAGACACCCUGGCAGGCUUCGACCUGGUUGGUCAUGAGGAUGAAGGUCAUUCUUUAUGGGACCUGAAGGAUGCCUUGACUGUCCCAUAUUCCCUGGGGGUCAACUUGCCAUACUUUUUCCACGCUGGAGAGACUGACUGGCAGGGCACCUCUGUAGACAAUAAUGUGCUGGAUGCUUUGCUGCUGAAUACCAGCCGGAUUGGCCACGGACUUGCCCUCAUUAAACACCCAGUAGCCAAAAACUUGUCUCUGAAGAGGGAUAUUCCUGUAGAAGUCUGUCCCAUCUCCAACCAGGUCCUGCAGUUGGUAGCCGACUUGCGGAGCCACCCCGCAGCCAGCCUUAUGGCUGAAGGGCACCCCAUUGUGAUCAGCCCCGAUGAUCCCCCCAUCUUUGGGGCAAAGGGCAUCUCCUAUGACUUCUACGAGGUGUUCAUGGCCAUUGGAGGGAUGAAUGCUGACUUGAGGACCUUAAAACAACUUGCACUCAACUCCAUAAAAUACAGUGCCAUGCUAUUGGAUGAAAAAGCCAAGGCCAAAGAGGUCUGGCAGAAAAAAUGGGACCAAUUUGUGGCUGACCACUCUGACAACUUUUUGAGGGAGCUUUAGAGGGGAGGAGACUCACCUCAGAAGGCAUUUGGCAAGCCAGGCUUAUUGCU